AUGUGUGAGCGUAAUUCACGAAGAGAGCGCAGUAGAUCUUUGGAGGACUUCAGCUGGUCACUGAUGAUGGUUAUCGACUACGUCGAGAAUACAGUCUAUCGACUGAACAACGUACGAGCCAUGCAGCCGAUGGCUGCGCUAAAUCAUACGCGAAAGAGUCUUUUGAAAUUUCAAGAGAAACUUGGAAUAGAACCAGUUAACCUUGAAGAAACGCGAUGGAAUUUUUGGGGAGCCGUCUUCUACUGUAUGACUGUCUAUACUACGAUUGGUAAGGAUGAGAUCAAGAAGUCUGUAGUGCCUUAUCUACGUGGUUUCGAAGACGUCAAUUUCAACUUGGAUUUUCGUGCCAACACCAGGUCCGCAGUCUAG